UUUUUUUUGUUUGUUGCGGAGGAUCCGUAGCGUGCACUCACGAUGAGAGAGAAAGCGAGACAGUUUUCAACAUGCAGCUUUUCCUCCGAUGUCCAGUUUUCUGUUGAUCGACGUGGUUUUGAGUUACUUUAGAUGCUUCUCAACACAUUUCCGUUAUGCGAAGUCCAACUUGUUGGUUAGUCGUCGUGCUGCGGUGGAUGCCCAUCCGAGAUAACGGAGAACCAGUGAUUCUCAGCCGCUCUGGUUACUGCAAUGAAUGGUAACACUAUCCAUCCAGUCAACACCGCCACAACAGCAGGAGGAGGCCCAGGCGUGGCAGCGCCCCCGAGAGGCUGGAGGGAAUUCUGCGAGCUACACGCCAUCGCCACAGCCCGGCAGCUGGCUGGACACUACCGGAGCUUCGCCAGAGAGCGGCCACAACAUGACGUGCUCCCACCGGAGACCUUUUCCAAGCAGUUCACCGACCUCUUCCAGCAGCACUUCUGCUGCGAGGUCGACAAAGAUGGCACUCCACUCAGCCAGAACACAUGCUCCACCGCUAGCGCUUCCUCCACCACUCCAGUGGCCCCGCCUCUUCCAUCGCAGGCUGUGAUUGGUCGAUUGCGGAUCACAUCUUUUUCUGGGGUGCAGGACUAUCGGGAGGCAGGCCGACAGAGCGGAGGAGCCGCUCUCUUUACUGUGGUGUCACCGAAAGUGGAGCCGGUGGUGGUGAGCCGGGAACAGGAGCAGCCGCUGCGAUGUGCUGCAGGAAACCCCUCAUCGGGGAACCCCGUGGUGCUCAGAGGGUCGCCUCGGAGCAUCGGCAGCGGGUCGCUGCUGAUUCGUAGCCAUAGCAGCGAGGAGAUCUCUGGCACUGAUCGUCGUCAGAUAUCUGAACGGUACUCCUCUGACUCCUCAAAUUCUAACCCCACACACGCUGACGUCACACAUUUCUCCGUCAGCCAAAUCCGGCAAACCGUAAGACGGCUUCUCAAGAAACUGCCCAGCCCCUCCUCAUCCCAGGACCUGUCUCCUAGCAACCCCAACCCCUCCAACAACAACAAUCUCCCAAAUAAUGGUGACAGAGUGGGCGGGAUUUCCUCCACAAAUGAGGAAGUGUCCACCUCCUCCUCGUCCUCCUGUCUGAACUCUGAAGCCACGCAACCAACCUCGUCAAACAUCUCUGUGGCCGGGGUAGCCUCUCACUUCCUGGAUCGUAUCCGUUCAUUACGCACCGGAAGCAUGAGGCAGAGGAGGUUAGAGGUGAGCGGCUGCUGUAAAGAGGGCCAACUGAGGUACUUGCUGGUGGAUGACACUAUCUCAGACUCUCAGCCGCGCUGGCAACGCUGCCGCCUGCUGGUCAGGAGGAUCAAGGACACUCAAGUUGGAGGAGGAGGAGGAGGAGGAAGAGGAGGAGGGGAGAGGUACCAGUUGGAGCUCUAUGAUCCUCCAAAGGCCUCCAGUCCCAAGCUGACGACUCACUGCUCAGAUAUCCAAGAAGUUCGUCGCUGCAACCGGCUGGAGAUGCCUGACAACUUAAACACAUUUGUUUUAAAGGUUAAUCGAGGUAGUCUGAUAUUUGAGACGGACAACGACCAGCAGGUCAGCUCCUGGACCACAGAGCUAAAAGAAUGUAUCAGCAACAGGUCAGGCAGUGUGGAUCUGGAGCCUCUCCCCUCCCCAGCUGACAGCUCUGCUCCAGCCAAUCACAGAGGGAGCUCAGAGUUAAGAAGUCAAAGCCCUGCUACCUUCACCCUGCCCGAGCUUGCUGUCCAGAAGGCCGAUCACUUCCUGUUCUCCUACCCCUGGUUCCACGGGCCCAUCUCCCGCGUUAAGGCCGCCCACCUGGUUCAGAGCUCUGGACCGGAGGGACACGGAGUGUUUCUGGUCCGACAGAGCGAGACACGAAGAGGAGACUACGUCCUCACGUUCAACUACCAGGGUAAAGCAAAGCACCUGCGCCUCUCGCUAACAGAAUGGGGUCAGUGCAGGGUGCAACACCUGCGCUUUCCCUCUGUUAUGGACAUGCUCAGCCACUUCCGCCUCUUCCCAAUCCCGUUAGAGUGUGGAGCCGCCGGUGCCGUCACACUGUCCAGCUUUGUAGUGGCGGGCUCCAGCCCUCCAUCACAGGGUCAGCUCUCAGGCGCUCUCCUCGUCCCUUUCUCCCUCCAUCGGUGGAGCUCUGAGCCCAGCUUGGCUCACUGCAGUCUGGUCCGCAGCUCCAGUCAGCCCCGCUCCUCCUGCUCCACUAGCACCACCACCAGCACCACUUCCAGUCCCAGCUCUGUGUCCCAGCAGGGAAGCCGCCCUUUCACUCGCACCAACCCCGCCCCUGACCCUCCUCCGCCAGCCCCUGCUCCUCUCCGUCGGAGUGAAUCUGUGGGGAGGCGACCCCUGCUGCGCCACCCAAACCCUCACAUCCCUCAGCGGGACUCAGACUACGAGCUGGAGCCUGACCGAAGUCGCAAGCGGGCGAUAGACAACCAGUACAUGUUGCUUUGACCCGCUGACUCCUCCAUCAUUUCUGACAGACAGCUGUCACCUGUGACACCAUCACACACACGUGGUACACACACAUUUUGUUACCCAGCUUCACACGUGUGUGAGACUCUCAGAGAGUGCUGAUGCUGACGCGAUUAUAGCAGACUCAUGAACAUGAGCCAAUAAGUCUUUGCCAAAACACACUCACACUCACUCUAUCUGUGCCGGGAGUGUGUUUUCCAGCAUCAGACACCACAGUGAAUGUAUUUUUGGGAGUUUUAUAAUAGGUUUUAAUAUAAUGAUUAUUCUCCUUUUAUUGAUGUUGAGGUUCUGUGUGAGAGAGGGAGAGCCACAUGGUAGCUGUCCUCGAGCCCGGGCAAAAAAAAAGAAAAAGAUUUGAGACAUGUUUCUACUCAUUUGAAUUUAGAGGCGCGCUUGAUCAACUUCUUUGGCAAGCUGGUUUAAUCAAGUGCUCCUUUAAAAAUAUUUAAGACAUUUACCCUUGACACACAGAAGUUUGUGUGGAGUAAACUCCCAUAAUUUUACACAAACACAAACGAGAAAGCACUCUUAUUUUAGAGUGCCGACAUGCUCUAUUAGAUAUUCCUCCUCUUGCGUAUUAUUAUAUAUUUAAGUGCACAACGCUUUCAGUGCACCUUGGAAACAAUGUGUAUUUUUUUCUAUACACAGAUUCUUUUAUAGAAAAAUUUAAAAAAUAAGUAGAAAGGGGAAAACUUGGUUAAAGUCAGCUGGGAAGCUCUUAUUAAAAAAAAAAAAAAGUAAAACCUGAUACAGAGAACCAUAGGAAUUAUUCACACUUUGCUUUCAUCAGCACUGUUCUGUCGCUGUUUGGUGUGUGUGUGUGUGUGUGUGUGUGUGUGUGUGUGUGUGUGUGUGUGUGUGUGUGUGUGUGUGUGU